GCCUGUUGCUGCUGGCUCGCAAGCGCCUCCUGCCGCUGCUCCGGCGCCUGGGGGCCCGCCUGACUUCUGAGCAGUCCCGCGAAGCCAUCCUCACCUGCCUGCUCUGCCUCCUCAACCUGCGCAAGAAGGUGGACGGCGCCUGAAACGGACUCAGGGAGGGAGAGAGGGAGGGAGUCGCCGGCACCCCUCCCCCCAAAUUUUCGGGGCUCGGAAGUGGCAAUCCCGGCACCCACCUGUCACAGCCCCGGAGCGGAGCCUGUUUCGGAGGGAAGCGAGACGUAUCCUCCCAGCGCCCGUUUCCCCCAUCAGAAGCGGCGUUUGGCUUCUCGUGGGAAAGAGGGCGCUCUUCCAAGCCAAGAGAGAAGGCGAGCUCAAGAAGUAUUUACCAACUGCACUCCUCUCAAGGGGAAGAUUAAAUUUUUUGAUCUCAUUUCUUAAGAUCCGCCCCCCCCCCCCAAAAAAAAACAUUCCUCCCAACUUCCAGGCACUCUGAAUAAUUUUUCUCCUCUUUGCUCAGUAAGCCAAGACCAAGUUCCCUCCCUCGAUUCUGCCUUCUCUUUCUCCCCGCCUUUGUUUUCCGGCAAAAACUGAUCGAUGAGUGAGUGACUUCCUCACAGAGCUAACUACCACUGCCCAGAAACCUUGGCUUGGUGGCAGCUGUGUAACUUCUGCUAGAAAACCAAAGGAGGUUUGGAAGUCCCCUCUGAACAUUUGAAGGAGAAGUUUCACUUGUGAGGGAGCUCACAAACUGGACGCCUGAGGGAAAAGAAGAGCAGAAUGGAUCCAAUGGGACACAGUCUCCACCUCUGAGUUUUCUUGCAUGGGAUGGAAAAGCCAAGGCAAACCUUGUCACUUCUGAUUUUGUGUUUCUUUCUAUGUUCUCCUACCAAAAGCAGUGGGGGUUUAUCAAGACUUGGGUCCUAGCAUUUUUCUAGGGCCCCUUUAAGGCUUGUGCUAGGGAGACAAUGUCCGGUAGCACGGCAAGGAAGGUCCAACCGUUCACGAUUAGCACCAAAUUAUCUCUACCCAAGUGUUCCCUGGAAUUUCCAAGAGACAGCUGUACUGACAUUCCUCUCGAUGCUCUGAAUAACCAUGACUUGCACCAAAACCUCAAUGAGUGUGUUUCCCUGUAUCUGGCUCAGACGUCUCUGGAGCCUGCUGGAGAAAGAUUUAAAAGUGCUAGUCCUAUUGAAGAAGUGGUCACCAAUGAUGAUUGCAUCAAUAGCAAUUCGCUGUCUCGUUCCAUUAAGAAGAUUACUUUGUCCAACUGGCAUGGAAAAGGUGGUUUAGGGGAAGAAGGGAUAUUCAGGGGCCCUUCCCACACCAGUGCAGAGAAAAACUACAACAACAACAACUGCAAAGCAGGAAAAGCACAAUUCAAGGUGUUUCUCAGAAAAGAAGUGGAACCCAAGGAAGAAAAACAGAAUGUGAGAAGCCCCCAGACUGGUGACUAUUGUCUAGUUGGCAGAGUUGCACCUUUUGUGACUGCAAGCACUGCUGCUGCAUCCCCUUGGAAAGAGAGUACCAAAAACACCAAACCAGGCACAGUAGUGGAGCUGAAGCCCUGCGCAGAAAGCAGCACAGGAGUGGAAGACUUCUCCAAGUGGAGCCUCCUCCUAGCCCAGUUCAACUGUGACAUGGUGCAGGCUGAAAAAUGGAUGCAAGGAAAACUCCAUGACCUGAAGGAUGGUUGCAGAUUUCAGGAAUGGGAACGGAUAGCUCAAAUAUUACAGAGAGAGAUGAAGGAUUUUGAGAAUACCAUCAUCAAACUGAACCAGAUGGGUGAACAACUGAUGAUCCAACCAAAAUCCAGCACAGAGGUAGAGAGACGACUUCAGACCCUGCAAGAACAAUGGCAAUUGCUGAAGCACAUGGCAACAAAUCAGACUAAAACAGUCGUUGGCUUCAAGAGUCUACAAGAGUUCAACCAGAAAGCUGAACAACUAGAAGCCUGGAUCAGGCAGAAGGAAGAGAAGCCUUUGCUAGCUAUUUUAUUGCAAGAGAAGGCAGAUAAGGUACAAAUUACUCGGCAGAUCCUUGACUUAAAGCAGGAGGAGCUACAAUUCCAAGCUGUGCAUGAGGAAUUGAAUAGCCUGGCUCAGAAGCUUGAGAAACAAGGGAAGAGUGAAAGCAAAAGUAUCAUGGCACGACGCAAGUACCUGAAUAAAAUGUGGCUUCAGCUCCAGAGGACAUUAAAGGAACAUCAUGAAACCCUGCAGCAGGCACUAGAAGCAGCUUCUUUUCUCCAGCAAGCAGAUGUGCUCCUUUCAGUCAUCCAUGCAAAGUUGAGGCAUCUUUAUGGAGAAAGAAAACAGAAUGAAUUUGAGUCAACUCCAGACAUGGAUAUCCGGGAUAUUGCCAGCCAGGUCAUG